CAUUUUCAUGACAUGGGUAAUUGGAGCCGAAAGGUGUGGAAAGGAAUCCAAUUUGGCCCGGAUCUUACAAAAUAAUGGCUGGAAUUACGUGAUGGUCGUCCAUGCAGGUCCAAUCACUCAAAUGUGUCAAUGUUUGGUGCAAGAAUUCAUGAAAAGACAGGUUUAUGUAAGAAGCGUGGCAUCGCGCAAUUUGGAGAUCACUCACGAUUCCAUGUCUCACUACUUGUUUAUACUCAAUGCCCUACCUGAAUAUGACCAUUUGGAGCCAUUGAUCGCCGCCACCAAACCUCAAAAGAGCGCUUUGAUAUUGAACAUUCCAUCCGAGACGGAAGAAGACCUUUUGAUCCGAAUCAAAGUGCAAGAUUUAUAUUUUUACCUAUGUUCCCAAAGGCGUCAUUGGCGGAUCCGUUCCGUCAUUUCCACACCAAGAUUUAGCCACCCCGUGAUCACCGAAGUGGUUUUGGACCCUGGCCUUCGAUUUAUUGAGGUUUAUGAUCUUCAGGGACAGACUUUAACCGAAAUAACUGUUUCUCACCGCCCUUACAUGUUCGAAGAAAACGGACAGGCCCGAGGCCUUUUCCUUGACCUUUUUGGGACGCUGGAAAACAAAUAUAACUUUAGCGUAUCCCAUAUCUUCGAGUCUGAUUGGGGUGUGACGCCAAUUCAGGGGACCUUUGAGAAUGGCACCUUUGGUGGGACCAUGGGAGGAGUGAUCAAUGGGGCCUUUGACUUGAGCCUUUCAUCGUGGCUGGCUGCACCUGAGCGAGGCCCCCUUCUUGACAUGGAACCGGUCGGCAUAACUAGCUUUGUAUUGGCCAUCGUGCCUAAAACACUAGAGGUAGAUGUCAAGUUCUUUCAGCAUCCCUUUUCCAUUGAUGCCUGGUAUGGCAUCCUGCUUGUUGCUUUCCUCAUCUGCGCUACAAUCAUUCCCCCUUCACUGAUUUUGGGAAACUAUGAAAACACCGAUGCCUACAAUUUGGCCUCCUUAAGCGCUUGGUCUUUUUUUCUCCUCAUCAACUCAUUCUACGGCGGGGCCUUGACUAUGUUCUUCAGUACCAAGGCUGUUCCACCCUUUACGGGAUUUCGCGAAAUCGUUCAAGCUUAUCCCAAUUGGAUCCUCAAGACCACGGUCGGGACAGACAUCUAUUUCUAUGACAGGGCUGAAUCUGGGGAUCCGGAUUUCAAGGCGUUCUAUGAGCGAAUGGUCGAGAAUCCGGAAGAGACUACGUUUACAGAUAUCGCUCAUGUUCUAAAAGAAAUGGAUACCAAUUAUAUAGGCAUCAUGUCAAGUGCUCAUUCCCUUCAAUAUGCAUUUGAAACCAAUUUGGACUUGACGACUCCUUUGGAAAUCUUGGAGACCCUGAACGAAGCCUGGUACAACGUGAUUCUAACGAAGAACUCUCCGUUAAGUCCAGUGAUAAAAAGAGGCAUAAACUCUCUUCGAGAUAACGCUUUAUUGGAAAGAGCUUCGACCAAAUGGCUUGGAUUUAGAAUACCAAAGGCAACUGAAACUUCGGCAUUGGUUCUGGGCGUAGGGCAUACUCUUCUGGUGUAUAUCAUCAUGACGUUUGCUUGUGUCCUAAGCUUGACCUUGUUAGGAAUGGAACAUCUGUAUGCCAAGACAUUUUCCAAAUAAGGGUGCACCUUGGAGUGAUUUCAAAUAAAAGGUUUCGUACGGCGGCUGAUAAUAUUUCCCGUACACCUCUUUGUCCAUCAUGCCAACUCACAUGCUCCCCAAUUCCUCUCUGCAAGUCAUUCGACUUUGGUUAUUGGUCGGACCAAGACCUCUCCUCCAUUACUGAA